AUGCUUGGACAUUAUGGAGGCUGUGACAUCAUUAGACAAGAAGCGGUCCCAGUUGUGCCCGGGGACCCAUGGCCUGUUUUCUCACUCAUUCGUCACACUGCUCCUCACAAACUAUUCUAUGACCUCAACGCAGACCUGUCCGAUAUGGUGAUGUGCUAUGGUCCGAAUUGGGAGCCCACCAUGGCCUGGCUGAUGCAGCGCAUGGAUGAUGUUCGCCGCCCUUCGAUGGACCCUUCGCAGCCUUGCCUCGGCUGGUGGGACCGCGCCCGGCUCCUUCUUCACGGCCGACUCAGUUUCUCCGCCGGUCGCUUUGACUGGCUCUAUUUCACUACCCUGGAGCCCUACAACGCCACAGAGAUAUUUGCCUGGCAGUGGACUAAUGUCUCUGUUGUCUGGGAGCCAGGACAUUGGCAAUUGAUUGGUAACCUAGACGUUUUUUACCGUACUGCUUCCAAAUAUGAUGGCAUCUGCCGUCUUCUUCAUCUUCCCAGACUCGAACUGAAGUAA